AGAAAUAGACAGCAACAAUGGCGAACCCAAAUGCGAGUGCGGUCUUCCUGGCCUUCAUCGUGAUUCUCAUCAUAGUCAUCUUCAUCCUACUUGGUAUCUGCUGGAAGUUCCUCAGGCCAGAUAUCAUGAGGAGAUUGAUGAGGCCAAAGAGGGCUCCGUCAGAGGUACCCGAGUAUUUCAGCGGCAACAUGAGCGGCAAUCUGCGCACAAUAACAUACUUUGAUUAUGCAACACUGAAGAAGGCCACGAGGGAUUUCCACCAGAAGAAUCAGCUCGGGAGAGGAGGCUUUGGACCUGUUUAUCUGGGGAAACUAGACGAUGGCAGGAAGGUUGCUGUGAAGCAGCUGAGCGUCGGCAAGUCAGGUCAGGGCGAGUCCGAGUUCUUCGUCGAGGUGAACAUGAUAACCAGCAUCCAGCACAAGAACCUUGUUCGCCUUGUGGGCUGCUGCUCGGAGGGCCAGCAACGGCUGCUCGUCUACGAGUACAUGAAGAACAAGAGCUUGGACAAGAUACUGUUUGGUGUUGAUGGUGCACCAUUUCUGAACUGGAAGACGCGGCACCAGAUCAUCAUCGGCAUCGCGAGAGGCCUGCAGUACCUGCACGAGGAGUCCAACCUGAGGAUUGUUCAUCGCGACAUCAAGGCGAGCAACAUCCUCCUGGACGAUAAGUUUCAGCCCAAGAUCAGUGACUUUGGCUUGGCAAGAUUCUUCCCCGAGGACCAGACAUACCUCAGCACGGCAUUUGCCGGCACACUAGGCUACACGGCGCCUGAAUACGCCAUCAGAGGGGAGCUCACAGUGAAAGCCGACACCUACAGCUUCGGAGUUCUCGUGCUCGAGAUCGUCAGCAGCAGGAAGAACACGGAUCUCUCUCUCCCGAACGAAAUGCAGUACCUGCCUGAACAUGCAUGGAGGCUGUACGAGCAAUCCAAGAUACUGGAGCUGGUCGACGCGAAGCUGCAGGCCGACGGGUUCGACGAGAAGGAGGUGAUGCAGGUGUGCCAGAUCGCGCUGCUCUGCGUGCAGCCAUUCCCGAACCUGAGGCCGGCGAUGUCGGAGGUGGUGCUAAUGCUCACCAUGAAGACGACGGAGCAGUCCGUCAUCCCCGCGCCGGUGAGGCCGGCGUUCCUGGACAGGAAGAGCCUCAAGGACAAGAACAACGGCGGCGGCUCGGACACGGCGGCGGAGAUGAGGUCGACGGCGUACUGGCUCGGCACGCCGUCGCCGAUGGUCGACAGGCCGUACGACAUGAGCUGUGGCAUAUAAAUGGUCGCACCCACGCAUAUAUUGAAGUCGCCAUUGGUGAUGAUGGAAUGGUAAGAACUGUUUCGUCCUACAGCGAGAUCGUGUCUCAGCAAUACCUGCCAUGGAUGUUGCUGACUUGCUGGCAAUCAAGCACAAAUGCUAUACAUUAUAUGGUGCUUUUUUUGUUGCACAAUAGUAUUAGUUUUGUACAGAGUAGUACUACUACCAAAUAAGAAGAGUGGGAAAAGGAAGGAGAGGCAAAUUUGUAUUGCUCAUUCAAAAAAACUGCAUUCUUCAUGAAUGACUAGGGACUGAUAAUUUGGGUUAUCCGCUGCUAUAUUGUAAUCUAAAGCUAC